UGGCGAACAGAGGUGAAAUUGCAGUCCGUGAGAUGGGGAUUUCUUAUGUAGCUUCCUAUUCAACCAAAGAAAAGGAUGCCCUUCGUGUGAAACUGGCUGAUGAAGCAGUUUGCACCGGCAAGUCUCCCAGCAGCCAAUCUGAGGAGCCAGAGGAGUUUGUAAAGUUGCUGCAGGAUUUCAGAAAUGGGAAAGUUGAUAAAGCUUUCAUUGUGAAGCACGAAGAGGAGUUAGUCGCUCCUGAGGAUAUCGUAGCAGUGAAAUUCAGCUGCUGCUUAGAAGAAGCAAAUGAUGGAACUUCCCAUUUUUUUGGUCAGUCUUUUAUGUGUUUCUGUGUUAGCAUUUUGCAGAGUCUUGGAAUAAAAGUAGGACGUUUCUGUUUGUUUCUGCCUUUUUUCACAUUCUGUUUGGGAACUUUGUUCGCUGGUUUUGGUGAAUCAUUUGGUUUAAUAUGCAAAAAUGUUGAACAUCAAAAGAGCCCUUCAUUCAUGGAACCAGAGAGUGACAAACUCUAAACCCUAAAAGAUAAUCCCUAAAAACCCAAAUGCCCAAAGCCGAAGAAACACAAAAUUCAACCCACAUGGAAAACCGGAAAAUUUUCACUGGGUUUGAUCAGAGUCAACACACGA